GCAAUCGCCGCGUGCUCGGCCUACGCCAGGCAGAAGGCCUCGGGCGCCUCGGCCGCGCCCGAGCUGCUGGCCUCCAGGGACGCUGCCCGGCAGGCCAUCUGGACGGCCAUCAUGGGCAACAUCGUGCGGCACGGCGGCGAUGAGGAGUGGCAGGAGGCGAUCCGGACGCCCGUCGGCCCAGGUAGCCAGUUCGCGGGCACCUCCAAGCUCGUGCGGACCUGCUUCGCCAUCGGCCUGGCCGAGCUGCGAGACACCUGGGGCCACCUGAUGGAGAGGCGUGCCUGGGAGCCCCAGUGCCUGGCCGACUUCCACCAGAAGGCGAACUUCGAGGGGCAGUGCUUCGCCAGCACCAUCCGAGCAGAAUCAAAAACGGGUCCCAGUGGGCCGGCGAGACCGACCACCUGCGGCGCGCGUACGAGAGCGCAGUCGAGGCCUUCCCGCGGUGGCACAACGUGA